AUGCUGCUAUCGUCCCGUGAGCCCCCUUCGAGCUUGUCUCUUCGGAAGACGCCCACUCGAAGCACUUUUCCCGAGACAUCUUCAUCUCAGCAUAAUCUGCGAAUACCAUUAGUCGACUCGCCUCUUCCGUCACCAGGGCUUCCAUUUCUAGCAGCUCCUCCAAAGGGCAAGAAGUUCCAACCGCGAUGGAACCGCAGAAUUCGUCGAUUGUUAUUCUAUAUAUCUGCCUUGAUAGUUGUGUUCAUCCUGAUUAAGAGGGUUGUUGCGUUUCUUCUAUCAUCUCAGUUUGUGGACGUCGUCGAUUUCGUUCCCACGGGUAGAGAUGCGUAUGAGAUUGUUGGGACGGAGACGCUGCCCGAGCAGCCGAUUCCAAUCGCUAUCACUGGCUUAGAAGGGAAGCCGAAAUGGACGGUCUCGAUCCCGCAGGAUCUGGCUUUUCCACUUACCCCUAAGGAAUACGCUAGACUCCGCUCUCAAUGCGAGGAGAUCUCAAGAAGUGUCGCGGAGAUGGCAGGGCGGAGUCCGCAGGGUCAUUCUCACAGUUACUAUCAGAAAGAUCCGGGCUUCGUGGAUAUUUCCGACGCUGCGAAACAAGGCCUAUUACCGCCGCUGGAUGAAGGACAGCAGGAAGAUACGGCCGUCGGUUCUCACUCGAACAACCAGGUCUGCAAGAAGAGUCUGACUUACGUAUUGCAGAGCGAGGAGGCAGGACUUGGAAAGACCCUAUGGGGCCUGUGGAUGGGCUAUGGUCUCGCUCAAAAGGAAGGACGAUCUUUCUUUAUCGAUGAUACGAAUUGGGCGUAUGGGAACUACACCUCGUAUUUCCAACCGCCUCCAAAACCAGACUGUUUGCCACCUCCUCCCAGAGAAAGAGUCCCUUGUCCUCAUGAAGCACGCCAUCUGGUUGUGUCAAUGGCAACGGCGCCUUGGACCUUUGGUGAUAGCUUCCAGAAGCAGUUUACAGACCGCGGCAAGACAGGGGUCGAACGUCACAGACACAUCUUCUCUCUCCUUCGAGCAGGCUAUGAAUCAUUAUUCAAACUAGCUGAUGAAGACAUGUCCUACUCGAAGAGUCGUUCCGACGAACUCAAAUCUGCAGUGCAGUCUAAUGGAGGCAAGCAGGUCGGAAUCCACGUUCGCCGCGGUGAUCUCCAUCCACGGGAAUUCCAAUAUCGAGACUCCUACAUACCCCUAGAGCAAUACAGAGAGGCAGCCGAAAGAAUACUUGAAAGUUCACUGACUGCAACCCAUAAUAAACAUUCUAUCAACGAAGCGAGAACAGCUUCAAAAUUGAUCCUAGCCUCGGAUGAUCCAGACGUCUAUGACAAUACCGAGUUCUCAGGUGCUGAAAAGGCACAACAUUUCAUUUCUCUGGCAACUAAGAAAACGCUAGAUCAAGCCUCGGCGUCCCAAGGCCAAGCGAAGAAAUCUUCUAUCGACGACAAUAUCGGAUGGGAAGGCGGCUUUUUCAAAGAUAUGUUUUGGUCUCUGGGUUUGUCAUACACCCGACGAGCAGGACCACCAGCUUCGAAGAGGCAUCUAGGUCACUUCUUGCAUCUGCAAGAGCACGUAUCUGAUUCGGAAAACAACCAUCACGCGGCCGGGAAUGAUAACGCUCUCUAUUUGCGGAAAUUCAUCGGUCGUGCCUAUCUACUUGACCUGGCGGUGCUGGGUCAGACUGAUAUGGUGGUUUGCGGCGUCAGUAGCAUGACAUGUCGUCUGUUGGCUGUGAUCUUGGGAUGGGAUAAGGCUAUAAAAGAAUCUGCGUGGCAGAAUAUCGAUGGCGGUGGCCACUGGGACGGCAUGCUGUGGUGA